GCCUCGUCAAGUCAAAACAUACAUCUGCAAAGCAUAUACUCCUAUAGAACAAGACCGAAAACAUACGAAUCCCAACUUGUACAGCGGCUUUAUCAACACAGAUCUCAAACUAGUCUUCCUCAGUUUCCAGGUUUCUAAUAAAAUGGCAGAGGAAAAGAAACAACCUGUCUUCUCUAAGGUUGCGGAACUUCGACCUGGUAAUUAUGGGCUCAAUCUCACUGUCAAGGUCGUUAGCACAAAGGUUGUAGCGCAAAGAGGCCAGGGACGGCAGAUGCGUCUUGUUGAAUGCUUGGUGGGUGAUGAAACUGGAAUGAUAAUCUUCACAGCUAGAAACGAUCAAGUUGACUUGGUGAAAGAAGGUGCCACUAUAAUUUUGCGUAAUGCAAAAAUUGACAUGUUCAAAGGCUCAAUGAGGCUUGCUGUGGACAAAUGGGGUCGUGUUGAGGGCACCGAAGAUGCCACCUUUGCUGUGAAAGAAGAGAGCAAUUUGUCCCUGAUCGAAUUUGAGAUAGUGAAUGUUGUUGAAGAGUGACUCUCCAGCAAUGCUGCCUGCUUAAUAAUGAGUUUAGAAAGAUUUUCCUUUUUUUGUAAGCAGUUGUUUGGUCUGACAUCUGUAUUUUCAACUUUAAGAUAAAAAAGUUUGUGUUUAACAUGUACUUUUUUAAAAGAGAUGGUACUAUGGUUGUGAACUUGACCAUAGAAAACGGUAGAGUGCCCUAGUGUGUGUUACAAUACAGCUGGUUUUUACUGAGCUCAAUGAAAUUUCUUUGCUGAUUGAGCAUACUUAA